CCGAGUUUGGAAAAUUCCUGUUUUUCUUUCUUGGUUAAUUUUCUUUUUUUAAUCUUAGACGGAAACUUACAUCCCGGGAAUGUGAAAUCAAGGGAAAUCCAACGGAUAACGAGAAAUCGGGUGACCUAUCGUAAAAUUUCGAUUGGUCCCGAGUUUUCCGAGUCACGAAUAUAAAAGAGCCCCGCAGGGCUCUUCGAGUCAGUAAAAGCAAAAUCCUGAUCAGUACGCGAGUAAACGAAGUGCCGGCGAAACAAGUGAUCAAAAGAACAAUUGUGUUUGCAACAAGUGUGGAUCCUGUUUUCUAAUUGGAGCUCACUCGAGACCGCCGCCGCCGCUCUGUUGCUGCUUGCUGCCGCCUAGUACGAGAUUAACAAUAAGUAGUGGAUCCAGACGACGCAAUGACUCACGAUCUAACGACCACUUUGAGAAGCGAGUUGGCGGCUCUCGAGUACAAGCGGGACAGACUAAUGUCUGAGCUACAAGAAAUGAAGAACGUCGUGAGAUCGCGAGAUCAAAGAGUCGUGGAAUUGCAAGUGGAAGCCGAUCAGUUACGCGAACAGGCGGCCAGACAAAAUGCCGUUGUCUUGAGUCUCAAGAAGCGCAUUCAGGAACUGGAAGAAAGAGAGAGAAAUUUAUACGCGUCUCAGGGUAGAAAUGAAAUUACGAUACAAGGUCUGCAACGCGACGUGAAAUAUCACGAGGAAAAGGUCAGGGAAUACGACAAGAAAAUUCGACAAUUGGAGUACAAUAUAUCCGAGGAGAUUCAGUUGAAAGAGCGCGCACGUCUGAAUCUGCAGGAUUUUGUGCGAAGAUUGGCACACGCGGUAAACGUCGAAUAUAGCGAAACGGCGCAUCACAGUCCCGAAAUGGUGAUUCAUAAAGCCGAGGAACUUGUCCAAGAAGUGAAUCGACUGCGAACGAAAAGUACAAACGUUGAGACGCAGUUGACGGGUGUUGAAGUGGACUUCAGAACCUGCAGAGACGCUCUUGAUCGCGCGACCACGGAGAAAGAACAGUUGCAGAGACAGUUGUCUGUUCAGCUAGUUGACAUGGAUCGUCUGCGCCAGGAGAAAGAAUGCCUGGAAAUGCAAUAUCGGGUCGCGGAGAAAGAUAUUAACGAUCUAAGAGAUAAGCUUGUGAAUGCAAACAGAAGCUUAACCAGCGCGACAGGAAACAUAUCAAAUCAAGAGGCGCUGAUCUGCCAAUUACGAGAGGACCUGAAGACUCGCGAGGAGAAAACGCAACGUGUGCACAAUGAAUUGCGUCACCUUCUGGAGUCCUUGGCAAUUCUCGUCAGCACGCCCAGCCGAUUUGUCGAGUCCCACGAGAAUGCGAUCAAGGAUCGCAUUCGGGAAAUCAUAGCGGACAACAAGGAUCAGACGCUGAAAAUACAAAGUCUUCGGGACAAAGUAAAUUCAGCGACGGAGUCGACAAAUCGGCAAAGCGAGUUAGUCGAAUCUACGAUGAUGAAGGUGCGUAGUCUGGAGGAGGAACGCUCCGCUCUUGAGGCUAAAAUACACAAGUUGGAGUCGGAACUUACGAGCAGCGAACUCUCCCGGGAGUCUUUACGCAGAGACAAGCAGACGUUCGUGACAUUUCUGGACCGACUCAGCAAGGCGAUGCAAAUGGACGAAAUCUCUCAGGAAGUCGGAAUCGAUCUUCAGACCGAAUCGUUGUUGGUGCGAGCCGAACAACUGGCCAGAUUGGAAACCGACAAACUAGUCGACAAGUAUUUGUACUCCAGCUAUACGACCCUACCGAGGAUUCAGCGCGAACGAUCGUUCCAAGAGCUUCCUUGUCUCAAAGAAACUUCCGUGGUUUAUCAGUUGCAACGUCGAGUUCGAACCUUGCGGGAGCAAUUGCAGCGCAGAGACUUGCAUCUGGAUCUUCUACGUAGAAAACUGUCUCUGCAGGAGGACAGUGUGAGAAUGAAGUCGCUUUUGCAGAGCGAGCGGGACGAGGCGAACAUACGCGCGAAGAAACUGGCAAAACAGGUUGACCGAUUGCAGGUUCAAUUGUCGGAGGAAAAGUCACGAAGUCGCGAGUUGAGCGCGCAAUUGACGGAAGCCGCGGAUUACAAGAUAGCCGCACUGGAACGCAGCCGGAAAAUUGAGGAACUUCAGAAGCGUCUGGUAGAGAGCGAGAUGUUGAGAACGCGUUACAACAGAAAGUUGACGAUGGCGAAGGAGCAGAUGAGGACCGCCGCGGAGACGGCUGAUCAGGAGAGAUCGAUAAACGAUCAUUCUCUGCAACUUCUUCGCGAUGAACUCGCUCAGGUCAAGCAAAAUCUCUCCGAAGUUACGAGAAGAGAAUCGCAACUGCAGAGCUUCCGCGUCUCCGUGGCGAAGUUAUUGUCGGAGCCAAUCUGCACUCCCGAUUACGAGAUCAUUUCGCGGCUGCAGAAAAUGGUCGCGGCUCAUCGCGACUUUACGAUGCUCUCCCGUAGAUACGACGAGCCUUUGGAAACAAGCCCUUCGAGAUGCACCAGUAUUCAUCCGGUCCAUCCGCCGAGAUCGCCCGGUUCGCGCUGCACUCGUUACGAGGACAGCGGUUUCGCGGACCCGCCGGAUCUUCAUGACAUCGACGACGAUUACAACAAGAGACCCGUGAGGAGCAGCCUUCUUCCGUGACACCGGCCAAGAUUCAAGUUCUAAGUUUCCACGUUUCCGGGGAGAGAUAUAGCGCAACUCGAGUUUUCGAUCUUUUCUCAUGCGAUCAAACGAUGUCGAGGGAAAACGCGCGUUUGUUCGUAAAGCGUUACGUUUAUCUCGCGUAAACGAGCGACUUUUACGAUAUGAAGAGAAUCGUUCGAGUCGUUUUCUCACAUCAUUUUUCGCUUGAGCGAGAAUUUCGGUAUAAUACAGAAUUUUACUGGAAACAAGUAGGAAAAGAUAUCGAACGGUUCAUCGAACUGUGCGAUAACGAAAGAAUGUAGAAAGAAAUCACGGAGGAAAUCGUACAAAUACGCGUGACAUCGCAGUUUCGCGCUAAUUGUUAUCAAGCAUGAGAAAUCCCGGACGGAUCUCGUGGAGAUGAACGCGACACUAGACAUACAUCGUCCCGUCAUGGACAAUAAUUUGUACAUACGUGUUCAGGGAAAAUCGCGUUACAUGGCGCGGAUUUUCAUUACGCGCAAAUAAAAUAAAACUAUUAUAUAUACAAUACGACGGUCCCGAAAAAACUCGCCUGGAUGUGCCACUUGAAACAGGUGAGAGUUAUUAAUAUGCAUCAAGGCUGAAACUACACCGAGAAAGAAUAAUGAAGUGUACGGACCAUGCGCAAAUGACGUCACGAGAAAUCUUGGUUCGCAAGAAGGCCAGUUUGUGAUGAAGAAAUUUGGAACAAACCAAAGACUGAGAAGUUUUAUUUAAUUCUGGGGCCACACACAGAAUGCGGUCUUAUCUUUAUUUAUUCCACAUUUAUUCCAUUUAUAUUUAUGCUUUAUAAAAUCUAAUUUAACUGCCACUUAUUUUAAUUGAACAACAAAAGUGCUUAUGUAAAAGUCUUUGUGCAUAUAUUCACUUUAUCGAAGAAGAUUUAAGUGUUCAUAAAAUUUUCUAUAAAAAUAAAACAUUUUCUCCGUACUUAUUAAUUAAUAUCAUACUAAUUACACGGACCGUCCUAUUUACCUACACUGAUCUUUCAAUCAUAGCUAAUUUCUAAGUGUAUUUAUAUUUUGAAUUUAUUUUAUACGCUCCAUACACUCG